AUGAAUAACCUGAAAGCUAUUCAGAUUCGUUAUGAAGGAAAGUCUAAACAUCCCGAGUUCUGGAUGAAAGAUGGGAUUUUCAAAGGCAAAUCUCAAUUAAAAUUCCUCAAUUUUCACGGAUUAAAGAUGAAAAAUCUCACAGCGAAAACGUUUGAAGAUUUUACAAGCUUGAAAAUAUUAAAUUUUACCAACUCAAUUAUCAACGAUCAAAGUUUCUUGAGUUCUGAGACUCUGCGGAAUACUUUGGAGAUCUUUGUUAUGGGAGGCACAGAGACUGCGAUUGAAACGAGAUAUUUUGAGAGCUACUCGAAACUAAAGUACAUUCAGGGUUCAAAAUUUGAUCCCCAUGAAUAUAUCACUGCAUUUAUGUGCAAUGAGAAAUUCCACUCUUGCAUAUUCACACGCGGAGUACAUGGUCGGCGUUGUCCGGAGGAAUGCACAUGUAUAUAUGGGCAGUACGAUAGGGAGUUUAUAAUUGAUUGCAGCGGCAGGAACUUGGACGCGAUUCCGGCUUUGCCAAGGCCGAUUUCAGGUCUUUUAAGCCUUAAUUUUCGCGGAAACAAUCUUCGGCAACUGCCCAGACACUCGCCUCCCGGCUAUGAUUAUGUGUUCCGACUCGAUGUCUCUUACAACAAACUGCGUGACCUACGGAUAGACCAGCUCCCGAAACAUCUUAAGCAUCUAAGCAUUGCCUUUAACGACAUCUCCACACUCGAUAAAAACCUGGUGAGCUAUCUAGCCAAAAACAUCAACCUUAAUAGUUAUGGCAAUCGGUUCGUUCCGUAUUGCGAUGAGGGUCCAUUUUCGGAUUACUCCAAUUUCAUAUCCAAGUUUCAAGAGAAAAGCGACAGCCAAAUCCGCAAUUUUCUCACAGAACAUGGACGAACCAUAAAACUAACGGAAGAUCCCUGGAAUUGCUUCUGGAACAUGAAAAGUUUCCUAUCGAUUCUACGGGAACGAAAAGCCUACCAGAGUAAAUAUUCGGUUGCCUUGGAGUUUUCCCACUUCCAUGGAGAUUGUCCGCACGCCUGCAUUUGCCUCAGAAAUUAUUACUCCAUGGAAUUCAUUGUUGACUGCAGGUGCGAAGACCUCCUGGAGUUACCACGAUUACCACUGCCGACUCACGGCCCAACGACCCUUUUAUUUCAGGACAAUAAUAUUCGCGUAUUGCCCAACGGUACGUGGCCAGGGUACGCGAAUGUGGGACGACUCUUUGUGUCCAACAAUCGACUGGUGGACCUCCAUAAUUUGCCGCACGAUCUUACGUAUUUAGACAUUCGAAACAACAAAAUAGCUGCACUCAACAGGAAGACUCUAGAGUUCCUUGAAAAGAGAAAGGAAUCGUCAGAUCUGAGGCUAUUUCUGUCUGGCAAUCCCUGGACUUGUACUUGCCAGGAAAAAGAUUUCUUGGGAUUCGUAAAGGCAGGAGGUCCCAGAAUCGGAGAUGUCUCAAAUAUCACCUGCGGGGACACAGGGAAUCUUCUGAUAGACACUGAGGAGAGUGACAUUUGCCCCUCUGGCCUCGUGCACUAUGUGACCCUCACCCUUUCGUUCAUGUUUAUGAUCAUGACAAUAAACCUGAUGCUUUAUUUCAAGCAGCCCCUCCUAAUCUGGUUCUAUGAGCACGAUGUGUGCCUGAGCCUCGCUGUCCGACGGGAACGCGACGAAAGGAAAAAGUUCGAUGCGUUUCUAUCCUUCACCCACAAGGACGAGGAUCUGAUUGAGGAGUUUGUGGAAAGACUGGAGAAUGGUAGACAGAAGUUCCGACUCUGCUUCUAUCUGCGCGACUGGCUCGUUGGCGAGUCCAUUCCCCAGUGCAUCAGCCAAUCCGUGAAAGAUUCGAGGCGCAUCAUCAUCCUGAUGACGAAUCACUUCCUAAAGUCCACUUGGGGACGACUGGAGUUCCGCCUCGCUCUCCAUGCUACUUCCAGGGAUCGAUGCAAACGAUUGAUUGUGGUCCUCUAUCCCGAGGUGGAGGACUUUUAUGAUUUGGACAGCGAACUGCGGGCCUACAUGGUGCUGAACACGUACCUCAAGCGAAAUGAUCCCAAUUUCUGGAACAAGUUGAUUUAUUGCAUGCCACAUUGUACCCGUACUGUGCAACGUGGAGUAAAAUGGAGUGCACAUGCAAAUGCGAUGUCUGAAGAAGUAAACGACAAUGCAAUUUCCAUAUGGCUCGAGGGUAGUUCCGACGACGAUGAUACGGCCAGUGGAAGCGACGGCAACGAUGGCCACGACGGCAACGGAACCGUACUGAGUGAAAAGGAAGCCUUCGAGAUAUGGAACUAUUUCCUUGCACUUGUGGGAACCGAGCAGUUUGCAGAGCUGAUGCACCAUCAUAAGGAGACGCUGCUGAAGAUCGACAAUCUGGGCAUCAACCAGGAGCUGGAGGCCUUCCUCGUAGUCCUCCACUGGGUGGCCACCGCUCUGGAACUCGCUAAGGCGGCAGGGGAUUCAGAGACUCUGCGGAAUAAUCUAGAGACUUUCAUCAUGCAAACGGGGGAUGUUAAAGUGAAACUGAGACAUUUCGAAAACUAUUCCAACCUGAAGUUCAUAAAAGUUGCAAAUUAUGAACCAUAUGAAAAUCUAAGAGCAUUCGUCUGUGAUGAUGGGAUUUGGAAAUUCGAUUGCAAGUUCUCUCGUGGCACAGACGGAAGGAGAUGUCCUGGAAAAUGUAAAUGCUACUAUGAGCUGCGAAGCAACCAGUUUAAAAUAGAUUGCACACAAAAAAAUCUCACGGAAAUACCGCCUUUGCCCACUCCGAUGGACGGCAAGCCAGUGCUGCUUUUUAGUAAUAAUCAUCUUACGACAUUGCCCAGCAAUUUCAUGGAAAUACCUGGCUAUAACAAGCUUCAGGACCUCGAUGUGGCCGCCAACAAGAUCACUAGCCUCGGAAUACAGCAGCUGCCACAGAUGCUGCAACGUCUCAGUAUUCGCCACAACAACAUCACAGCCCUCGACAAGAAGGUGGUCGAAUAUCUGUCCAAACACAUUACCAUCCAUCGCUUUGGCAAUUCGUGGUUUGCCGAUUGCGAUGACAAGGUCCUCCUGGAGUACACCUACUCCAUAAUAAAUUUUAAGGGGACAAAAGACGCAGAAAUCAUGAAUUAUCUUCAGAGUGCUGCGGAAAGAAAUCAAUUUUCUCCAAAUCCCUGGAACUGUUUUUGGGAAGCACGAUUUCUAAUGUCCUUCCUGGGGAAACACGAGUCCAUGAAAUAUAUAGCACCAUUGGACUAUCCAGACUUUCGUGGCCCUUGUCCCGAUGCUUGCAGCUGCCUACUUACUUUCUAUACCAUGGAAUUCAUCGUUGACUGCAGUGGCGAAGGCCUCUCGGCGAUACCAAACUUACCCACGCCCAAAUAUCUUCCGUUGACCCUUUUAUUUCAGAACAAUAAGCUCCGCGUACUGCCCAAUGGUACGUGGCCAGGCUACGCGAGUGUGGGGCGGCUUUUUCUGGCCAACAAUCAACUAGUAGAACUAGAUCAUCUGCCGCAAAACCUUACGUAUUUGGACAUUCGAAACAACAAAAUAGCUGCACUCAACAGGAAGACUCUAGAGUUCCUUGAAAAGAGAAAGGAAUCGUCAGAUCUGAGGCUAUUUCUGUCUGGCAAUCCCUGGACUUGUACUUGCCAGGAAAAAGAUUUCUUGGGAUUCGUAAAGGCAGGAGGUCCCAGAAUCGGAGAUGUCUCAAAUAUCACCUGCGGGGACACAGGGAAUCUUCUGAUAGACACUGAGGAGAGUGACAUUUGCCCCUCUGGCCUCGUGCACUAUGUGACCCUCACCCUUUCGUUCAUGUUUAUGAUCCUGACAAUAAACCUGAUGCUUUAUUUCAAGCAGCCCCUCCUAAUCUGGUUCUAUGAGCACGAUGUGUGCCUGAGCCUCGCUGUCCGACGGGAACGCGACGAAAGGAAAAAGUUCGAUGCGUUUCUAUCCUUCACCCACAAGGACGAGGAUCUGAUUGAGGAGUUUGUGGAAAGACUGGAGAAUGGUAGACAGAAGUUCCGACUCUGCUUCUAUCUGCGCGACUGGCUCGUUGGCGAGUCCAUUCCCCAGUGCCUCAGCCAAUCCGUGAAAGAUUCGAGGCGCAUCAUCAUCCUGAUGACGAAUCACUUCCUAAAGUCCACUUGGGGACGACUGGAGUUCCGCCUCGCUCUCCAUGCUACUUCCAGGGAUCGAUGCAAACGAUUGAUUGUGGUCCUCUAUCCCGAGGUGGAGGACUUUUAUGAUUUGGACAGCGAACUGCGGGCCUACAUGGUGCUGAACACGUACCUCAAGCGAGAUGAUCCCAAUUUCUGGAACAAGUUGAUCUAUUCGAUGCCACAUAGUCAACGGGGAGAGCAUUAA